CCUCUUACCGUAGAGUAAGUGACUGCACUGUGGGCGGGUCGAAACCACACAUUAGACACAUAUAAACCAGUAGACGCUUUUGUUUCUGCCUAUUGAUCCUGAGUGGCAACAGUGGGAAAUAUGGCAGAGGCAGACCGACCAGGAAAGCUGUUCAUUGGCGGCCUGAACACUGAAACUAGUGAGAAGGUCCUUGAAGCAUAUUUCAGCAAAUUUGGCCGAAUAGCUGAAGUUCUGUUGAUGAAGGAUCGCGAAACAAACAAAUCUAGAGGUUUCGCGUUUGUAACUUAUGAAAAUCCUGGUGAUGCUAAAGAUGCUGCAAGGGAAAUGAAUGGAAAGCCCCUUGACGGAAAACCUAUUAAAGUGGAACAGGCCACCAAGCCUCAGUUUGAGUCUUCAGGACGCCGUGGUCCACCAGUUCAUACACGGAGUCGUGGCCCUGCCAGAGGUCCGCGAGGGUCCAGAGGAGCACCAAGUGGAAUGCGGGGACCACCAAGCAGAGAACCUUUUUUUAAAGGCAUGUCUUCAAGAGGGCCGCCACCACUGAAGAGAGGCCCCCCAGUGCGGAAUGGAGGACCCCCACCCAAGAGAUCUGCACCCUCUGGGCCAAUGGGCAGGCUGCCGGUAUCCAGAGACAGAGACCCAUAUGGCCCCCCUCGCAGAGAUUCUCUAAUGUCACGGCGGGAUGAUGGUCCUCCACCUCGUGAUGACCACUACAGUAGUAAAGACAGUUAUUCCAGCCGUGAAUACAUUAGUUCAAGGGACAGUCGAGACUACGCUCCGGCACCACGUGAUUACCCAUACCGGGAGUAUUCAAGCCAUUCCAGUUCUAGAGAUGACUAUGGCUCAGGAUCCAGAGGUUACAGUGAUCGCGACAGCUAUGGUGGAGGACGAGAGCCCCGUGGUUACAUGGAACGGCCCAGUACAGGCUCCUAUAGAGACCCUUACGACGGUUACGGUAACUCACGCAGCGCCCCACCCUCAAGGGGUCCCCCUCCGUCCUACAGUGGGAGUGGCGGAAGCAGUCGUUAUGACGACUAUGGCAGCAGUUCCCGGGAUGGAUAUGGCAGUCGCGACAGUUAUCCCAGCAGUCGGAGUGACCCGUACUCCACUAAUCGUGGUGACAGACCGGGUAGGCAGGAGCGGGGACCGCCCCCUCUUGAAAGAGGCUAUCCUCCUCGUGAAUACAGCAGCUCGAGCCGUGGGGCACCUCGGGGUGGUGGCCGCGGCGGCGGUCGGGCAGAUAGAGGAAUGGCCCGGAGCCGAUACUGAGAAAAGGGGGGGAGAAAUUGUGGUUUCUCAUUGAGACUUUCAAAAGACUUUUAAGAUUCAAAGGAGCGCCCUUUUAAACUCUGGACUUCAAGCUUCAGUUUAAAGCUGUACACACACUUGUGGAGGUUUUUUUGUCCUUUUUAAAUGCAAAGUUUAUUUUCCCAUGCCCACAUCCCAUUUAAUGGUACCGUUGCAAAUCUGUGUUCUUUUUGUAUACUAGUGAUUUGUUAAACCUGCAAUGCCCUAGCAUAUGGCUUUCAUUUACCAAUAAAGUGUUUUUAAUCAAA